AUGAACUUAGCCCGCCAUUCCAUCACAGCGACAAAUCCCGUUCACAUAUUCGACACCAGGCUCGACGCAGACUGCGAAAUAUUCACAACCUGUUCACCGGCUGGAUUCGCCGUAUACAGAGCAUGGCCUCUGCAACUGCUGAGGAAACGCGAGUUAAGCGGAGGUACUUUGGCUGCUGCGAUGCCCAUGCACACAUCUUCUCUCCUCUUUCUCUUGGGUGGCGGGCGAAGUCCAUUGUAUCCUCUAAACAAAGUGAUCUUGUGGGACGAUGCCAUCGGUAGUGAGGUGGCUGAGUUGGAAUUUCGUGAACGGGUACGGGGCUUCGCUUGUAGACGAGGAUGGCUCGCAGUCUCUCUUCGACGCAGAGUGAUCGUAUUCGAGAUUGGCCGUCAGGUCACAAGAUAUCAGGAAUGGGAUACCUGCGAUAACCCCAAAGGUUUAGUCGCACUAGCCUCUGGCACUCAUGCUACUCUAUUGGCUAUCCCCGGUCGUCAAAUGGGUCAUGUACAGCUUAUCCAUCUUCCUCCAUGCUCUCCUCCUCCGCUGAAAGGCCCUCCUCCAUCAACACCUCCAAAGAAGCCUCCACCUCCUCCUGAAAAGUAUCCUGUCUCUAUAAUCGCUGCUCAUACGACUGCUCUCUCCACAUUAUCCGUGCCGCCGUCUGGACGAUUACUUGCUACAACUUCCUCACGAGGCACACUUGUCCGAAUAUGGGACUCUCUGACUGGGAAGCUGGUGCGUGAGCUCCGAAGAGGAGCAGAUAAAGCCGAGAUAUUUGGUGUGGCUUUCAGGCCAGACGAACAGGAAUUGUGUGUGUGGAGUGAUAAAGGUACAGUACAUCUGUUUACUUUACUUUCAGCUGUUUCAAAUCGACAAUCAACCUUCUCCCCGCUUGCGCCAUAUAUUCCUCUUCCCAAGUACUUUGAAUCAGAAUGGUCUUAUGCACAGUAUCGGAUCCCUACGCAAUCUUCACAUAUAUCCCUUUCAGCUACAACAUCGUCGCGCUCAACAACUGAAGACAUUCCAGAUGAGGAACGAUGCGUUGUAGGCUGGAUCGAGGUUCCUUCGGAAUCUGCUUCAGCCCCGAGUGAAUAUCAACUCAUCGCACUGACCUACGCUGGAGGCUGGUAUCGUCUCUCUAUACCAAAUACUAACUCCACCAUAUCUGCACCAUUCUCUUCGAGUUCGCCUCCCAGGGUCCUACAUGGUCGGUCCCCUAGUGUAUCUUCAACAAGAAGCGAACGCGGCUAUAGCAAAGGGAAAGAGAAGGAAAAGAGCAAUCAUUCUAAAGCGAGUCAAUGUCAAUUGCAAGAGUUUCGGCGCUACGGAAGGUGGGAUGGAUGGGACUAG